CGCUUAGGAGCUGGCUGGGAGGCAGCGCGGGUGGAGGUGACCUGCUGCUGAAUCAGAGGGGCUGGUAACCUUAGCCCGCUGGGAACGGAUACGCCGGCCCGCGUCCGGAUCGAGUUCCCACCCAAGUUUUCCACCCGUGGCUCCGCAGCGGGACAGGCGAGUGCUGGAGCGGUGGUGACGGAGGGCGGUGGAGUGGCCGCACAUCCCCGGGAGCCGUUUGGGUGCUGCCGCGGUGCCCCUUACCCACAGGGUCUCGGCGAAAGCCCCGCUGUGGGUUACGGCCACCUCGGUGCCCGCCGCAAUCUGGCCGGACUUUGUAAUCCUACCUGUGGCUAAUUAACCCCCCCCCGCCGUGCCACGCCGAGCCGUGCCAAGCCGACCCGCAGUGCCAGUGCGGCAGCGGCACCGAGGCAGCGCAGACGUCCCGGUGGGCACAGCCAACCGGCCCCGCCGCAACGCCUGAGCUCGGCAGGGCCGGGGAGGUCCCACCAGCCCCCCGGGGGCCACCCCACACUGGUGGAAGAUGCCAACGAAUGGGAUCCACCAAGUCCUGAAGAUCCAGUUUGGGCUGAUCAACUGCGAGAGCCGGUACCUGACGGCGGAGAGCUUCGGCUACAAGGUGAACGCCUCGGCGCCCAGCUUGAAGCGCAAGCAGAUCUGGACGCUGGAGCAGGAUGAAGCCGACAGCUCCGUCGUCUUCCUCAAGAGUCACCUGGGCCGGUACCUGGGUGCCGACAAGGAUGGCAAGGUGCGAUGCGAGGCUGAGCAGCCGGGGCGGGAUGAACGCUUCAGCAUCAUCACCCAGUCGGACGGGCGCUGGGCGCUGCAGUCGGCCCCGCACCGGCGUUUCUUCGGGGGUCGGGAGGAUCAGCUCUCCUGCUUCGCCCCCAGCGUGACGGAGGGCGAACUCUGGACCGUGCACUUGGCCAUGCACCCCCAGGCCAACCUGCUGAGCGUCAGCCGCCGCCGCUAUGCCCACCUCAGCGCCCACGAGGACGAAAUCGCCACCGACAGCAACCUGCCCUGGGGGGUGGAUGCCCUCAUCACCCUCUGCUUCCAGGACAAGAAGUACAGCCUGCGCACCGCCGAUGAGCGCUACCUGCGCUGCGACGGCACGCUGGUGCCCGAGCCCGGUGCCCGCACCGGCUACACCCUUGAGUUCAAGGCAGGCAAGUUGGCUUUUAAGGACUGCGAUGGCAAAUACCUGGCACCCAUGGGCCCCACCGGCACCCUCAAGUCCGGCCGCAGCACCAAGCCGGGCAAAGAUGAACUCUUUGAUCUGGAGGAGAGCCACCCCCAGGUGGUCUUCACGGCGGCCAAUGGCAGAUAUGUCUCCAUCCGACAAGGCGUCAACGUCUCGGCGAACCAGGACGAGGAGCUGAACCACGAGACCUUCCAGCUCCAGAUUGACCGUGACACCAACAAGUGCAGCCUGCACACCAAUGCCGGCAGCUACUGGACCCUCGUGGCCCAUGGGGGCAUCCAGGCUGUGGCCACUGAAAUUGCUGCCAACACCAUGUUUGACAUCGAGUGGCGUGGGCGGCGGGUGGCCCUGCGUGCCAGCAACGGCCGGUACGUGUGCACCAAGAAGAACGGGCAGCUGGCAGCCGUCAGCGAUGCCGUGGGGGAGGAUGAGGAGUUCACACUGAAGCUGAUCAACCGCCCAAUGCUGGUGCUGCGGGGUGAGCAUGGCUUCGUCUGCUACCACCGUGGCUCCAACCUGCUCGACUCCAACCGCUCCGUCUACGACGUCUUCCACAUCAGCUUCAGCGAUGGUGCCUACCAGAUCCGAGGCCAGGGGGGCAAGUUCUGGUACGUGGCCAGCAGCGGGUCGGUGUGCAGUGAUGGGGACCUCUCCGAGGAUUUCUUCUUCGAGUUCCGGGAGCGGGGACGUGUCGCCAUCAAAGGGAAGAACGGCCGAUACCUACGUGGGGACCCGGCCGGCACCCUGCGCGCCGACAGCGAGUCCGUGCUGCGGGCCACACUCUGGGAGUACUGACCCACCUGGGCCCGGCCCCCUGCCCGCCCUGGGGCACUUGCUUGGCUACUGGCAAAGGAUGGCGGUGGAGCCAGCGGUUGCACCACCCAUGGCAGCUGUGUCCCCCAUCCCCCUCGACUCAUGGCAUUAAAGUCAGUCUGGAUCACACCGGGGCAGCGCC